GAAAUGAGAUCUACUGACUCAGAACCUAUAAUUAGCUUGCUGACUUCAGGGAAAUACAGCGUACAUGAGCGCCGACAAGAGUGAAUGCUGUGAACAGAGAACGACAGUAAGGAGAAGCAUUGCUAAAACAAGAAUAAAACCGAGAUAAGAACAUCAAAACAUCUGUGGGUUUUCAUGGAAUUUACAAGAAGAUAUCUGCCCAUGGAAUGGGAGGAACGAUGGAGAAGAGAGAAAGAGCGCAGGAAAAGGAUGAUAGAAGAAGGAGGAGAGAAGUUUGAGGAAGAGAACAAGAAGCUAAAAUGGAUCAUGUCCUACAACGACACCAGGAUAGGAAUGAAAGAGAGGGCAGUGAAGGACAACAAGAGCGAUAAUAUGGAGGAAGAUGAACUGCUGCAAAGUUAUCAUAGACAAAGUUACCCGAGCGAAAUCUUCCAGACUCUGGGGGAAAUGAAGAUGGAGAACCUCCUCACGGAUCUGAUCCUGAGCACCGAGGAUGGGCUGAGCUUCCAUGUUCACUCGCUUGUCUUGGCUGCGGUGAGCUCCCUCAUCCAGCAAAAGCUCCAGGAGAGGGAUGGAAAUGAGAGGGAGAUCUCGCUGAGAUUGUGUCCUGAGGUUCACGGUUCGGGUUUGGCUGCAGUGGUUGAGUUUGCUUACACUGGAGCCAUCAGCAAUCUGAACAAAGACAACAUGCUGCAGAUUCAGACUGCAGCUCUUAGUCUGGGAGCUCCAAGAGUCCUGGAGCUCUUCAAAGAGGAGAAAGAUGGAGGUAACAAGGAAGAAAAACUCUCAGCAGAAAAGCAAAUGGAAGUUGGCCUGCAGUCCAUGAAGGACUUAUGGACCAAGAAAGUGGGAUGUGAUGUUGAACUGGUUGCAGAAGGAACAGUUUUCCAUGCUCACAGGGUGCUACUGGCAGCCAGCAGUGACUACUUCAGAGGCAUGUUUACCAGCGGUAUGAAAGAGAGCCAGCAGGAGUCUGUGUCUCUGCUGUUAAUCGGAGCCACUGAGCUUGAGGCCCUCCUGCACUGCGCCUACAGUGGCACUCUGGUGCUCGGAUGGGGCUGUGUGUUUGAACUCACCUGUACUUCCCUCCAGUUUCAGUUUCAGCCUGCAAUCUCACUCUGCAUGAAGUUCCUGGAGCAAGAAGUAGAUGUCCACAACUGCCUGGACGUGGCGUCUUUCGCAGAGGCCUAUGGGAUGGCUGAGCUGAUGGAGCUGGCUGAGGAUUUUGUCCUGAGACACUUCCAAGAAGUAUCUGCCACCCCAAAGUUUCAGGACCUCCCGGCCGAGAAGCUUCUGGCGUUCCUCCGAUGUGAUGCGCUGUCCACUCCAUCGGAGCUGGCUGUUUUCCGAGCGGUGGUCGCUUGGGUGGAGGCAGAUCCUGCUGAACGGCUCCCGCAGGCCGAAGAGCUAAUGCGAGCGGUGCGUUUUCCAUUCAUGACCUUCAGAGAAUUUCAAGAAGUUCGCGCUGUAAACCUGAGCAUGGAAUGCAGUGGAGAAGUCGAGGUUGAGCUCUACAAAUCAGCGCUAAAGGAGUUUGGAUUUGGCAUCUCUGACCGCAUAGUGCAGCAGCGUGUACGUCACCCCAAAGAUACACUGGUUUUGGUCGGAGGCGAUCAGCUGAAUCCAGACAUGGAUCAACGACUUCCCAGCAAGCAGCUCUGGUUUGCCAACUCUCUGAGAAGUGGAACAGGCCUUGUGAAGGAGAUAGAGUGGAGAAUGCUGGGAGAAAUGCCAGAUCAGGCCAGAUUUAGACAUGGUGUUGGGGUCCAUAAUGGUCAACUAUAUGUUGCAGGAGGUUGCUACUUUUACGCAAAGUAUGAUGUCAUGAAAUCUGUUUACAGGUACGACCCUGUGCAAGACCAUUGGAAAAGGCUGGCAGACCUUCUGGAACUAAGGAGUAACUUUACGCUGGUGGUGAGAGGAGACACACUAUAUGCUGUCGGAGGAGAUAAAGACAUCAACACAAAUCUUGACAGUGUGGAAAAAUACUCAAUAGAAACAGAUUCCUGGAGCUUCACCCAUCCUUUGGACCAGGCCUUAAGUGGUCAUGCUGCCACCGUCUGGGGAGGUGAAAUCUUCAUCUCUGGUGGCUUCAACUGCAAGUACCAAUGCCUGAUGUCGAUGUUUCUCUACCACCCAGUGAGAGGAACCACAUACCUCGCUGACAUGACCCAUGAUCGGGCCCAGCACUGCAUGGAGAGCAUGAGAAACCAUUUCUACGUAGCUGGCGGAGUGUGCAACCUCCGUAAGUACUACACCAACCAGCUGGUCUGUGAGAUGUACGACCCCAUGCACGACACCUGGACGGUGUUCACUCCUCUUCCCAUUCCCCACGUUGGUGCGGCCUCUGCUGUUCUAGAGGAGAGGAUGUAUAUUCUAGGCGGUUAUUGCCAGGAGGACUAUAGCGAGGCGAGGCGCACGCAUCGCUAUGACCCUGUGACUCAGAGAUGGGACAGCAUGGGAAAGAUGCCUGGUCCCGUCACAGACGUGCGUGCAUGCCUCCUUCAUCUUCCUGCUCACAUCAGAAAAUGAGAAAAAGAUGUGUUGCUUUUAUUUGUAUAGCCUUUAUGUCUACAUAGGGAGCUGCCUUGGGAUGGAGCAUUUACUCUCAAAUGAAAACUCAUGAGUGACUGAUUUGCAACACACAGUAUAAGCAGCAAAUCUGAUUAUCUUACCAUUUAAAAAAUGUUUUUUUUUUUUUUUUUACUUUUAAAAUAUAAAUAAAAUCAAAUUGAACAUUUUUUAAAAUAAAAAAUAAAAACUAGACAAUAAAAA